CUGCUAUUGGCGGCUUCGCCUAGCAAAUCUCUGCCUUCUCUAAAAACUCCUCUGAUUCCUUUCUCAUUCGGAAUCUGUAAAAUCAGAAUUUGGAUCAAACCGUUCGACGAGUCGAUCACAAUGCCUUCUUUGUAUAACCGUUUGACCAAGAUGUGGCCCUUCAUGGCGGGCUGCAAUAUGAUGGAUCGUCAGAAUGGUUUUUAUCUCUUCCACAUCUCGGCGCGCUACCUGUCGACCAUUAAUCUUUGCCCAUUGAACCCGUCAGGGCCCCAACCUAGUAAAGGAGCUAGAAGCACUGAGGUCAAAAGCUGCCAUUUUCAUUUCGUCGUUGAGUGGGAUACGAAGCGAGAUCCGAAUUCCUUUAAAUGGAUGUCGAUGAUCAGAAUAGAGUCAUCGGAAGGCGAGGAGCUUUUAAGCCAAUCUUGCCUUAGGCGCAUCUUUCUUUUCUUAAUUGACUCUUUCUAA